AUGGCGACCCAGACGCUUCCUCGAAAGAGAUACCUAAGAACCCGGGCUACUACACAGCCUAAAACACAAUCCCAGCAAACCAGCACAAAAUCGACUCCUGGAUCAUGGAUCAAGUCCAAAAUACUGCCAUGGUUUGCCCCGUGGUUUCAGCCUCAUCGAUGCUACGACCCAGAAGAGUCGUUUAUCCCAUUUCCCAAGGUUACGUUCCUGAUAGAUGAGCCAAUCAGACUAGAGUGCCAAAUAUGUCAUCAAGCGAACUGUCAGAUCAGCCAGGUCCUUGACCAAAGAAGGACUUCAUCUGUUACCGAGGACAUUGCCAGACCAGGGCUGGAUCCCAAGUUUCUGCGCACAGUGCCUCAAAGCAACAUUGAUGACACAAGCAGAAUAGAAGUUUCAACAAGCUGCACAAGAGUUUCGAGCGGCAAGACAGCGCUUCUCUCAAACUCAGGCGACGGCAGAUGGGCUCACCAUGUUUUCAAAGAGGGACGAGUUUGA